UCAAGCUUAUCCUCACUGCAAAACAGUUCUCUCCUGAUACCAUGAGCUACUCCAGCGGCUACUACGGAGGCCUGGGCUAUGGCUAUGGUGGCCUUGGAGGCCUGGGCUGUGGAUGUAACAGCAUCCGCAGACUGAACUGUGGCUCUGGCUAUGGAAGCUACGGAUAUGGCUCUGGUUAUGGAGGCUAUGGGUAUGGCUCUGGCUAUGGAGGCUAUGGAUAUGGCUCUGGCUACGGAGGCUUCGGAGGCCACGGAUAUGGCUGCCGACGCCCUUCAUGCUGUGGAGGAUAUGGGUUCUCCAGCUUCUACUGAGUGAACUGCUGAUCUUCAGACUAUCAUUAUUAUUUUGUCCAUCUUUAGAGAGGAAAAUGCUCUUUGUUAUAGAGAAGAAAUUCACGGCUUAUUGAACUGUUGCUCUGGAAGGAUCUGGCUUUCAAUUACUCUCGAAGAAUCUAUAAUCUCCCCAUCGAAUUUAUGGCUUCAUCUGUUAUAUUCAGUUAAUAACAUUGUUGCAGAUGUGCAUGAUCUAUAUUUUAAAAUCAUCAUUAAUAAACAUGUUUAACU